GUGCUCUAUCCAACUGCGCAGUGAAACAACUUGGGUGUUGGGCUGACAAAUCAAGCAGGGCUAUAGUUGGUGGGGUCAGAUUCAUAUCUGACUAUCCUAUUAAGGAUUGUCAGAAAUAUGCAGCUGACAGAAAAUGGACUAUAUUUGCAAUCCAAUACAGCAAUGAGUGUUUUACCGCUGCUAAUGCAGGAGACACAUACUGGAAAUAUGGUGCUUCACUUGCAUGUAGUACAAAUGGAAGGGGCGGAACGUGGGCUCAAAAUGUUUACAGCAUAUCCUGUAACACAGACAACGAGAGAAAAGUGUUUCCAACCGCAGCGAUAGUGAUAUUAGCGAUAAUGGGGAUUGUUUUUAUCUGCUUUGUAGCCUAUCGGAUAUACAGAACAAGGCAGUCACCAAAUAAACUGCUCAUUACAUCAGAUUGUACGGACUAUGUUGUGAUUGUUAAUGAACAAAACGUGCCAAUUGACCCAUCGGAAGACCCACACAUGACCACACCAGGAACACCACCAAGGAUUGCAUUUAAAAAUGCACUAUUUACUGCAAUGAGAAUUACAUCAGACUCAAUCAAAACUAAAAUUGUUGAAAAAAUUAGAUCCCUAGCUAUGGAGAGACAAUAGCUAACGGAAAUUAUAUUAUAUGAGUAUAUCUCAUGAUAAAUGAGAUGGAUGUGGAUGCUUUUACCUUUGUGGCUGACUUAACAUUCCACAACCUUGAUCCUGUUUGCGACUGUCUACAAUUAAUGUUGUUGUAAAGUUCUCCUUUUCGUGAAAGUUCUGUAUAUAAUUGGUGAUCUGAAAUAGCUUCAUAAUAGGUUCCUUGACUGACACUGCCAGUCAGCAGAGAAUUUAAGUUGCAAUUCAAUCAUCUCAUACACUUCCAAUAAUGGGCAUGACAUCUAAUAGUGGUCUUUUCGAACACCUUUUUCUCGACCAAUAAGUCAAGUUACAAGCAGUUAAUAAGAAAAUAUUUUUACCCUCCAUCUCGUAUUGUCAAAAGUUAUAAUCAUUAAUUAUACUCGAUUUAUUUGAUUUAUAGAAGUAUUGAAAUUAUUGAAUCUCCUCAAUAUCCUUAGCAUCAUUUAUUUACUUGAAGAUUCAUGUAGGUGAUGACUAGAAAUGGAGUCACCAGAAAGCCUAAGUACCCCAUCAUUAGCCACUGUAUUCUUUGAUAAGUUUGAGAAGGAUGAACUGCAGGAGUUACUGUCUACUAAACCGCAUGACUGGUUGUUUGCUCAGAACAUUGUUGAUGAGAAGGUAUCAGAACUUGGUAAUGGACUGCUAACAAACAUUGCCAAUCCAACAUUGGAAAACUUGAGCAACUAUGUACUUCUCGUUGAAAAAGACAAACCACUUAAUAAGAAAAAAGAAGAAAGUUUUGACCUGAGGGAGAUUCAGCAGAUAAUAAGGGAGCUGACCGUAGGAAUUAACGUUUUUGAGGAGCUACCUGCAAUCUCUCUUAGACCUCGUUAUGAUAAAGGGACAUUCGUGGACAUCCCCCCAGCUUACAUCGACACACACGUAGCUCAGUGCAUGCUGGAGUUGGACUACUACAUGAAGGGGCUGUGGCACGGUGCCCAUUUUGGCAGGGAGCGGCGCCAGAAGUUUACUGAAAGGUGGGCUGAUCUGAUGAAUGUAAAUAAAGACGGUAACCCAGAGACUCGUGUAGAUAAACAGGCUAUAUUCAAGGAUUAUGGAAUGUAUGACUUCAACAAGGAUUCUCAGUGGCACGGUUACUAUGCCAACGAACAUGAGACACACGAUGAUAUUGAGGAAUGUAAAAAGAUGAACAAAGAGAUUCUAGACAGUAUUGGAGUGUUCCUGUUGUGCAGUAUAAAAGAGGCUCAGCACCACAGGAACAUGCUCGUGUUCUCCGUUCAGCACGACAUUUCCUCCUUUACCAGGAAGGGGCUAGACAAGCUGAUAGACGACACGCAUCAACCGCUGACCUGUUGGUUACAGUCCCAACGCUCUGCAGUUAGGGAGUGGUUCACAAAGAAGCCCAAAGUGAGACAGUUACUGUCCAAAGUGAAGUUCAUCACAGCUCUCAGCUACUUCUUAGUCAGCAUGAAGAAGUUCAGUAUGGUACCAGACAUCAGUGCGUACCUGCCCUCCCUGACAACUGAACAAGUAAAGACAGAGGACACUCUCCCUCCCCUCAUGUUGCACAGCGACAGUGUGACAAGUAACAAGCUGUUUGUAGACGAUGAUAUGUACUGUCACGUGCACGGUGGUCUUGUUAUAGGAAAGAACUGCGUUACUCUGAAGCCAGCUACAGAGAAGUUAGUUGAGAGCUACGAAAGUAUCUGUGAGGUGGCAGUGCAGCAGAACCACAAGAAACUCAAGGGGAGUGGGGAUGGGAACCUCUACCCUAUGGCAGAGGUGGACGUAGAUGGUAAAACCUACGCCAUGAUAGCAAUCGAGCUGGAGAAACUCUACAUUCAAACACCUAAAUCCCCGCGAUGGUUACAUCAGAUAAUAGACGGGGCUUCGCAGACUAAGAAGAGAGUGUUCCCAGUAAGUGAGACAAGACUUGUGGAACAGUUCAACAGACGCUUUGGGAAUCCCCAGAAAGUAUCAACCUCACACCUAAUGGUUGCAAUACAUCUGGGUCGUUCUGCAGUGUUCCAGCAGACAAUGACGAAGAGCACAAAGACACGACUUAGUAAAUGUGACGAGAAGAAGAUGUCUAUGAUGCACUACGCUGCUAUGAACGACUAUCAUAAUCUCAUUUGUGACAUGGUGCGCACGUGGGGGUGUGACGUGAACGUGCGGUGGGAGAGUGAUGACCGGACCACAUUCGGUCCUGCACCGCUCCACACUGCUGUACGACACGGGGCUAUUGAAUGUGUGUACUGUCUGUUGAGCUACCACGCUGAUCUCAACCUGGUAGAUGAUAAAGGUUGGUUACCUAUCCACACAGCAGCCUACUACAACCAGCAUCUCAUCGUGGACAUGUUACUCAGCAGGAAACCUAAACUUAUUGACAAGCCGUCUUCUAAUAGUGAUGAGUUGACGCCCCUGCUGUUAGCAUGUAGCAGUGGAGCUCUGGAUACAGUGGAGAGGUUACUGGAGCUGGGAGCUACACCUGCACUCUUAACUAGGACUAAGAGGGGGGUUAUACACCUGGCUGCUCUCAAUAGACAUGUCAAGGUAUUAGAACUGUUCAUCAACAAGGACUACCCUGACUUAGCAGUGUGGGAUAUCCUGGUAGCUAUGAUGAACAGUAAGGAAGAUACUGAGAAGUACCAUGCUGUAGUCGCUCUUGAUACUCUCACUAAGAAAGGAGGGAACUGGAAUGAGCUAUUGGAAGCUAAUGCGAUCCCAGCACUGGUGAACAUCCUAAAGCCUGAUAAAAGUCUGCUGCCGGAGGAGGAGAACAGUGUUCAGAGGAUGGAGCUGAAGAUGCAGACCUCUGCUGUUAUCAAGAACAUCUCAUAUGAGGACGAUGUCAGGAAAGCAAUUGCAGCCACAAACUCUCUAAAAACCUUCAUAGGUCUCCUCUCACUACCCCACGACGUAGUACAGUCCAACGCAGCUACUAUAAUCUCAGACGUGUGCCAGGUGAAUGAUAAUGCUCAGAAGGUAGCAGGGGAAGGAGGAAUUGUUCCCCUGAUCCAGCUCCUCAAAAACUGGCUACCCUCUGUUCUUACUUCUGCUAUGAGAUCUCUCGCUCAACUUGGAGCGAACUUUGAGAGCAAUAAGGACGAGAUCGCCAAGAAGGGAGGUUUAGAUCCGCUGGUGCAACUGCUGGACAACUCUGAUGCUAAGGUACAAGCAGAAGCAGCCAACGCUCUGAACGUAGUGUGUAGAGACAGUAUAAAUAACCAGAACUUUAUAAUCUCUAUUGGUGGAAUACCUCCUCUUGUCAAACUUGUUCAGUCUAACAACAUCGAGGUACAAGUGAGUGCUGCGGGUGCGCUCCGCUCCCUUGCUCAGUCCAACUCGGUCUCACAAGGUCGGAUAGCUGAGUUGGGUGGGAUCAACCCUCUUAUCAGACUGCUCAAGUCUAACCCAAGAAACUUGGACGUACAAGAGAAGGCAUCAGGAGCUCUGUGGGCCUUGUCAGGUGAUGACCCUACUAAAAGGAGAGAUAUCGGCACUAAAAUAGGGAUUGAAAUGUUGAUAGUUCUCCUUGAGAGCAAGUCAGAGAAAAUCCAGUUUGUUGCAGCGAAAGCCCUAUCGACCCUAUCAUGUGGCGCUCCAAAACACCAAGCUAAGAUAAGGGAGGCAGGAGGAGUGUUACCUUUGGUUAGAAUGUUGAAGGGAAGUGCUAGUGAGAGGGUGUUACUAGCUGUUAUUAGUACUUUAGCUGCUCUUUCUAUUGGAUUAGCCCACACACCAGUGAAGCUGAAUCAGAGUGCGAUUGCUGGCGGAGGAGCGAUCAAGUCUCUUGUAUCUCUUGUAACUGGCAAUUCUAAUGAUCUUGCCAAGGUACAAUCAGCGUACGCUCUGGCUUGCAUAACUCUCGCACAUGCGGAUAAUCAGAAACUUCUUCUCAAAGAGAAGUUCACUUUCACUCUACUGAUUGAUCUGUUGUACAGUUCUACAAGAGAGGUAUCUCUUGGAGCUGGACGGGCUCUGACCACAUUUGCUUACAAUCAUAUUCCUACUCAAAAGAACAUUGUCAAAGGAGGCGAGAUUCGUUACGAGCAGUUUAUACAGUUCCUAGAUUCAGAUGAUCAAGAGGAACAAGGUCACGCUGCUUUCCAGGUGAUAAUAUUAGCACGUGUAAUGACCGGUGAAGAUCACGUGUUAGUCAUGGCACAAGGUAUCCAAAUAUUAUAUCAGUUACUGCAGAGCGAUAAUGAACUGAUACAAGAGCUAGCUGCCAACAAUAUCGCUAGUUUAGCUCACACCCGAGCAGGAAUCCCCGCCGCGCUGGUCAGCGUUGGAGCAAUGGACACACUGAUUGAGCUGUUGUACUCACCUGCUGAGCUCGUGCGAAGUUCUGCUGCCACGGCUGUUGGUUACAUGACAUUCAAUAGAGGUGCUAUGAGAAUACUGCUCACUGCAUGUCGGAGGAAGCCGGAUCUUUUCCAGAUUCUACAAGAGAAUUUAGGAGCCGGGAAAAUAUCCGACGUUUUUAUCAGAGAAUGGGAAUACUGUCUGACAGUUGGACUGCCAUCACAAUCUUGUCACUUGAUGCCAGUUGAUCACAUAGUUGAUGUUGGCGACAGUUCUCAGUCUACACUAAUUGCCCACUUGAAAACAACAACUGGCACGAUCGACACUCCAACAUACGGAACUACAGUGACAGAAGACAUGUUUGAAAAUUCCAGCACACACCGAUACACUUCAGCUUCUUCGUUAAUGCUGCAAUAGUGAUCAGUGACGUUAUAGUGACGUUAUAAUAAGCGGUGACGUCAUGUUUAUUUCAAUAUAUAAUCAAAUGUCCCGGGUCGUCAAGCAAAUGUCUAGUAAAUUAACAACUGAUUUCUUAAAGUAAUCCUGAUAGAGGAUUCAAAAUCCGAUGGGAAAUUUUGGAUAAGAUUGCGAUAGAAAUAACACUUUGAUGACAGUUCUUGAUAAAUCCAUCUAAAUUAUACUAUCUGACUUGCUUUCAGAAAAUUUAAGCUUCUUUUAUGUGUGAAAAUCUUUCAGUUAUUUUAGACUUCAGGUGUACUUAAUAUGAAUUAUUUUACUUCAAAUGUAAAUAGUUGUAAGUAAAUUGUAUAGUUAAGUAUCUAAGUAUUUACACACUGUUUUACAUCUAAAUUACUAAUAA